AUGAAUAGAGGUUACUUAAACCCUCAGUUAUUGAUAGACAUAGCUGACGUUCUGGCUGUAGUAUUGGUUCUAAUUUGUGUUAUGAUCAAUGCAAAAAGCAAUGGCUGUUUGUUAAAUGCAGUAAUCAAGUAUCUUCAAACAAUGGAAGAACAAACAUCAGAAAAUAAAAUUGAACUGCUGGACCUCAUACCUUUCUGCAAUUAUAGUAUAGAAGUGAAAGCCUACACUCGAAAAGGAGAUGGUGCAGCAAGCAACCCAGUUUUCUGUCGAACACAAGAGGAUGUUCCAAGUGAACCAGAAGACAUAAAGGCACUAAUAAUGGAUUCCAGAACAAUUCUUCUUUCCUGGAAGCCUCCCAGAUAUCCAAAUGGAAGAAUCAGAAAAUACAAGGUGUACGUGAAGUCACUGGAUGGUGUUAGCCUGGAAAGAGAUCAAUAUGAUUUGCCCUCAGAACAGACCUAUUAUAGUAUUAGCCACUUGGUUGCACAUCACAGAUAUGAGUUCUGGGUGACUGCCAGUACUAUUGUUGGUGAAGGAAGUUCAUCGAGGCAUGUUGUGCAGUCAGCAGUUAACCAUGUCCCUGCUCGUAUUGCCUCAUUUGGUGGACACGUCAUAACUGUCUGGAAAGAAGAGCUCAAGUUGCCAUGCUUAACAGUUGGACAACCAAAUCCACACAUUCAGUGGAAGAAAAAUGCCAAGAGAAUCCAUGAGGACAACCAUUUGCAAGUAAAUUCUGAAGGCACACUUCAUAUAGCCUCAGUACAAAUUACGGAUGCUGGGAAUUAUUCAUGUUCAGCCGAAAAUAUUUUUGGGAAAGAAGAAAUCCAAUACAUUGUUUCUGUGCAAGUACCUUCAGCACCAACAAAUUUUCAAGCUUCAUCAUCUACUACAGCCAGUGUUUAUGUUGAGUGGCAGCCACCAACAGCAAUGGGUAGUUCCAUCAAAGGUUAUUAUCUUCACUUCAAGAGAGAAUUUGGAGAAUGGGAGCAGAUCAGUAUACCAGCACAUGAAACAAGCUAUACUGUCAGAGGUCUACAGUGUGGAACUAGACACCAGCUCUAUCUACAGGCAUUCAAUCAACUAGGGAAAAGUUCUCCAACACCAAUUGUGUCUCUACACACUCAAGGAGCUGCACCAGUUGCUCCCAGUAACUUUGAUCUUAUACAUGUGAAUUCAACAUCAAUUGCUUUGAAUAUUACUUCAUGGAGGGAUGGUGGCUGUCCCAUAACAUCUUUUGUUGUGGAGUACAGAUUGAAACAUGGAACUGACUGGACACUUGUAUCAAAUAACCUAAAAGCUGAACAAAGAGAAUAUUUUGUACUUGAUCUAAACCCUGAAACUUGGUAUACUCUUCGUAUGACAGCACACAACAGUGCUGGCUCUACUGUUUCCACAUAUGAUUUCGUGACACUCACACAUUCAGGAGGUUUCGUGGCCCCAGAGCUUAUUGUCCAUUCCGAAUAUGGUCAAGAAGGCAUAUACAGCAACAUAGGGAUUAUAAUAACAACAGCUGCCAGCCUAAUUAUUGUAGGAGUUUCCAGUCUGGGAUUUUUCUUGUACAUGAAGAAGAAGCAUGAAACGUAUUUAGCCAACAAGUAUGGAGGAAAGCCAUCAGAAAUUGGACUUGUGGCAGAUAUGGACAAUGUUGGAGGAUGUGAUUCAACGUCAACAGUGAGAGGGAACAACAUGAAAGCUGCAGCUGUAAUGUGCCAAAAUGCACAAGAAGCUGCUUUUCUUUCAACUCCAUCUCGAGUAUCAUUUGGCUGCAGGGAGGAUAUUAGCCCGUAUGCUACUUUUCUGGUUCCCAACCAUAUCAACAUUGAUGGUUCAGAUAAAGGAUCCCCAUUAUCAUCAGAUCAAUGUUUUCAUUACCAGCCUUCUGAAAGAAGUAGUAGCAGCAUUCAGUCAGUCCAGAUGAAAAUACCUAGUAGAACAAGAUCUGAAAACGAAGUUGUUGACUGGAUCCCACUCCACAGCCUACAUCAGUCUAACAGGUACUGAGUCUGGAGUAGCUCGUGCCUUGUUGGCUCGAGAUUUUUGUCUGCUGACAACAGUGUUUAGUGUUUGUGAUCAUGGAAGAGAAUAUAAGUACAAAUAGUAACUGUAAAAUAUUCAAGUGCCUUCAGAGACAACAGCAGCAGAA